UCCCCUAUCACCUAACGGGGAACAAUGACUAUGUACCUCAUGGUGGAAAAAUCCACAAGAUUGGGAGCUUACAUAGCUUGAAGAGCAGAGUGAGCAGGCAUGGAACAGAAGAAGGAUGUAUAUAUAUCACAACGCAAUUUUCUAUCCCAGGCUCAACAACUUUGGGCUAAAAUUAUAAAAAAAGCUCAGCAAGGUCAACAACUUCGGUCGGCCCUCAUGCACGUUCACUUCAUCACAUCUGGCCCUCUUUGAAAAAAGUUUGGGCACCCCUGUUCUGUUCUGAGCUGUUCUGCUCAUUCUAUAUGACUGGAUCCUUUUGGGCCUUUUCUGUUCAUGUCAAAUAAUUUGACUUUCAAUCUUGAUUGGUAUAGUAUGGUUCUAGUGAUGCUGGAAUGCUUCUGAUAAUACCUUGGAUGGAAACAGUGAAGAUCACAUGACUGUUUAGGGCUUUGUAUUUUUCCAUUCUAAUCAAAGUUUUGCAUGUUAACACCCCCUGCAUGCUAACACCCCCUUAUGAAAACACCCCCUAUAACUAUCAUAUCUCAUACAAGUAAAAGAUAAAACAAGUGCUUGCUGGAGAUGUAGUUUGCAAGGACCUUGUGUGUGUGUUUUAAAGAGAACUGAAUAUAUGAUGAUAAGAACCAAUGUCAACCUCUACUUCCAAAAUAUGAGCUUAGCACAAAACAUAAUUUGCUUUUCCGAUUAAAUAAUAGCGAUUGAGAUAAAAGUUCUGCAAUGCCUUUGAAAAAUUGUUUGACCCAUUGUUAAGAUUCUGAUAUGUGACUUGGCUGCAAGUUGGCGGUGAAAGCAGCACUGUUCAGGGUAUAUAAGAAGGGACCCUGCUGUGCCAACACUUACCCAGUGUCUUAAGACCAAGGUGCAGCAGUGAAAGAAUACACUUUAGAAACUGCUCAGAAGAAAGAAGGCAUCAUGAAGUGGCUGAUCCUUGCCCUGGUGUGCCUUCACCUCUGUGAGGGUGCUGUUGUCAAAGUUCCCCUGAAAAAGUUCAAGUCCAUGCGGGAGGUGAUGAAGGAGAAGGGUGUCCUUGAAAAGUUCCUGAAGGACAAUCAUUAUGACCCUGCCAGCAAGUACUUCAACAACUAUGCCAGUGGUUACGAACCCCUUGCUAACUACAUGGACAUGUCCUAUUAUGGAGAGAUCAGCAUUGGAACUCCACCCCAGAACUUCUUGGUUCUUUUUGACACUGGGUCAUCCAAUCUCUGGGUGCCAUCAGUCUACUGCCAGAGUCAGGCCUGCACAAACCACCCAUUGUUCAACCCCAGCCAGUCUUCUACUUAUUCCACCAACGACCAGACCUUCUCUUUGCAGUAUGGAACUGGGAGCCUCACUGGGCUCUUUGGCUAUGAUACCGUAACGAUCCAAGGCAUUUCCAUCACCAACCAGGAAUUUGGCCUGAGUGAGACUGAGCCUGGCACAAACUUUGUCUAUGCCCAGUUUGACGGCAUCCUGGGCUUGGCUUACCCUGCCAUUUCUUCUGGUGGUGCCACCACAGUCAUGCAGGGGAUGCUCCAGCAGAACCUUCUUGAUGCUCCCGUGUUCGGCUUCUACCUGAGCGGGCAAGAGGGCAACCAGGGUGGUGAACUUGCUUUGGGAGGAGUUGAUUCCAGCCUCUACUCUGGUCAGAUUGUCUGGACUCCAGUCACCCAAGAAGCUUACUGGCAAAUUGCAAUCGAAAGCUUCUAUAUUGGCAACCAGAUCAGCAACUGGUGCAGCCAGGGAUGCCAGGCGAUUGUGGAUACUGGAACGUCCCUCCUCACUGCUCCACAGCAGGUCUUUGGAGAGCUGAUGCAAUACAUUGGAGCCGAGCAGGACAGCAAUGGCGAGUAUGUGGUCAGCUGCAGCAACAUCCAGAGCAUGCCCACCAUUACUUUUGUCAUCGGUGGAAGCAGUUUCCCUCUGAGUCCCUCAGCCUACGUCCUUCAGAACAACAGCGGCUAUUGCAGCAUUGGCAUCAUGCCCACUUACCUGCCAUCCCAGAAUGGACAGCCUCUGUGGAUCCUUGGUGAUGUCUUCCUUAGGUCCUACUAUUCUGUGUACGAUCUGGGCAACAACCAGGUUGGAUUUGCACCUGUAGCAUAAACUCCCCCAGAAGUCUUUUGUGCUGCUCCAGGCCUCGUCCCGCUUCAUUCCACCUGCUUAUUCAUUCUGAUACAUGCUGUAAUCCACCAGCCUUCCUUUCUAAGGACUUGGAGGUGUUUCCUCUGCAAAAAUUUGAAACCUCUGCUGUGAAAAUCCACAACAUGACUGCUGGGCUUCUCUCCAAAGUAACU